CCUAAACUGAAUCUUCUUCUUGGUCUAGUAUUGUAUUAGAGCCGUGAAAUUACUCCAGUGCUGCAAUAUCAAGAUCUGUUACGUCUCACCCGUAUAAAAAUGCUUACACGUGUAGCUUACUCUCAUUACAUAAUACCUUCCUUUGGCCCCUUAACAGGCAUCAUUGUCGAGCUAUAUUAAACACGUAGUUCAAAAGUACCGCCAAGGGUUUACUUAGGGGCUAGUCACAACAAAGAUGGCUCCCAAUAUGUCUACUUACCUAAUGUACCCUCCGUAGACUCCGCGAAGAUGCUAUAGAUCUCCACGCAACAGCUAUCUUAUUCUACGUCUUCUAGGUUCCGCCUUAUGACAGGUGCACUCGAUUAUAUGGAACACGUACUCAGAAUCGAAUACCCACAAUGCUAAACUACAUAUAGGAUAGUAUAUAUGACUUGCUCCAACAUGGACACAGACGGACCGAUUCCUUUCUCUAUAUCAAAGCUGUACCAACCUCUGAUUAGAUAUAUCACUCUGUCAGUCUCUGAUUAGAUAUAUCACUCUGUCAGUCUUUUUCAAAAAUGGCCUGGACAAAAGUAUCGGAUACCCGCUGGGAGCGCCCGGUAAACGGCAUUGAGGGUUACUUUGUGGUUUCGGGGAAUAUCUCUGCGAGUCUAUGCGAUGGCCGCGAGCAUUAUACGCUUUUUUCCAAGCUCAAGCUGGAUGCUAAUUUCUCUGACAUGGAGUCAACCCUGAAGUAUGCAUGGAAACAAAUCCGCUAUGAACAACCUUUCAUAGCUUCGACAGUUGAGGGCAUGAUGAAGGUUUAUGAAGUUCCAGACGGAAAGGCACUGGAACAGUGGCUUGCCUCGACCUUCAUUGUUUCUGAGGCAUCUGACGCCGAGGAGUUGUAUCAGUCCGUAGCCCCAAUCAGGCAAGCGACAUUAUACUACAUCCCAAAAUCCUCCGAACUCCUCUUCCGUGGCCAUCACUACACUGUGGAUGGUGUUGGUGUGCUGCGAUUUUGGCAUAGCUACCUUCUCGCUCUGAGCUCCCCUAUGAAAGAAGUGAAUUUUGGCGAUGAGCCGAGUCGACUUAGCCCCGCGAUAGAGGAGGUGCUUGGAUUCUCGGAACAACCGACGCAGACGCAAAGCAAGGAAGCAGUCGACCUCUUCAUGAGUUGGGCAGGAAGUAUCCCUGGCAUUGGACCCACGUCCCGGGUCGGUGCAGCACCAUCAGGCAGAUGCCAGAGCAAGGAGAUGACAUUUCCUGCCAAAACCACCGAGGCACUUAUCAAAGCCUGUAAAAACAAAAAUAUUACUGUGACUGCUGCUGUUCACGCCGCAUAUGUUGGAGCCAUCAUCAAGCAUGCGGAUCCCAAGUCCAAGCUUGGAGAGUACGUGACAGCAAACAUGUUCAAUCUUCGCCCAUAUUUGCCCGAACCGUAUAACGAGUGUGCGGUGUCCGUUUAUUUUACACCUCUCCCUUAUAAGAUAGAUCUUCCAGCUUCAUAUUCUGUCAUUGCGAAAUCACUGCAAGAUCAUUAUGAUACCUCGUUCAAGAAUAACCCACAGGCACUGGAGCUUAAUGGACAUUUCACACGGACACUGUGCAAGGCUGUGCAGUCCCCUGAGUUCCUCGCCAACCCGAUACCCAGAGAUGCCCUGGUAAGCAGUCUUGGGAUUGCAGAGCGCUACGUGCAAAGAGAGUACGGUAGGGGGAUCCAGGUUGAUGACAUAAAGAUAAGCGUCGACGUUGUCUUGGGCAUGAGCAUGUUCUUCCUCUAUACCUUCCGGGGCCAGCUGAGACUGGUGUACAGCUUUAAUGAUGGGUUCGAGGAUGCAAAAGAUAUUCAGAUGUAUUUGGAUGAGGUGAAAUCAAUUCUUGGCGGAGUUGUUGAUGGAACCGGUUUAUGAUUUCAACUUAUGACCUUAUUGUAAUGUAGCAGUGUAGCUAGGCAUGUGCAAUACAAAGGAUCUUGUCAAUGUAAUCGAUGUCAGGCCCUCGGUAUCAAAAAUCAUACAUCUGGACCCUCUAAUCUUCCUAUGUUGCAUCCGGCGAUAGGCGUCAUCCAACAGGUUGUCGCGAGUAUCGUAAGGCAAGAUUUAGACAACCACUAGUCAGAACGGCUGAUCUCAAGAAUGCUCGGUUCAGGCUAUGGUUAGAUCUCGCGGUUCGGUUGUCGAAGUCAAGGUCAACUCGCGGAUCAUGUAUUUAUAUUUUUAUAUUUUUAU